CAGCGGCGGGGCUGCGCCUCAAGUGAGAUCGAGCUGACGGUUUUCUUUUAAUUUUGUUUCGUUCUUCUUUCUGCCGACGCCAUUUUGGGGCAGACGACGACGAUGGAACAGACGAUGCUGGCCUUGAACCGAAGCUCCAACAGCGCCUUGCUGCAGCUCCACGCCAAUCUUUAUUGCACGCCGGCGUCCCGGGCCGCCUGCAACCCACCCCGCCUCUUGCCGGGAGCCGCCGACGGCUCCUUACCCCAGACCCCCGACGGCGGGGCCAGCCCGGUCGAAGACGAGCUGGACAGUCGCCACCUUUUCCCCGAGGACCCUUUCUAUGGUAGGACUUACGCGCUGGUGCGGGGCUUCAUCCGAUCGCACGUCAAGCCGCAGCAGACGACGACGACGACGACUCCGCCGCUUUCGGCGGGCGGCGGCCCCAGCUGGCUCGGUUGCCUCCGAGACGGCGGAGGAGACGACGACCGCCAGGCGGCCGAGACGUUGCAAAGGAUCGGGGACCGACUGAUUGAGAAACACGGCACCGCCUUUAGGGGAAUGAUAAAUCGUUUGAAUAUCUCUGAAAAGAGGGACCUGGACACUAUCUCGAGGGUUGCCACUGAAAUGUUCAGUGAUGGUGAGGUGAACUGGGGCCGGGUGGUGAGUUUCAUUGCCUUUGGGGCCGUGAUGGGCGAUCACCUAAAGAAGAUCCAACGUGAGGACUGCAUUGAUGAAGUGGCUGUGCAAAUCUCUCAAUACCUGACGCAACACAAGAGGGGGUGGCUAGAGACUCAUAAUGGCUGGGAUGGCUUCACUAAAUUUUUCCACGAGAACAAUGCAGAAGAGUCAGCAAAGAAAGCAUUAAUGUGGAUUGCUGGUUUUGGUAUUGCUGGGGCAAGCAUCAUGCAUCUCUUGAGGUGAAUCCUGACCUUCAUCUCCUGCAACAGGACACUGCUCUGGGCCCAGUUAUGCUUUGUUCCCCCUGCUCCCCCCUUACUCACUCUCUCCCAUCCUGGUCAAGGACACUGCUGGGCCCAAGUCCCACUGACCAGUUUCCAUUUGGGAGCAGCCUUUGAGAUGACUGGGGGGGGUGGUAAACUGAGGGGGGAGCAGGACUGAAGGAGCAGGCCCUUCACAAUGUUGGAAUAGGAGGGCCAUCAAGUCACAGUGUACUGGCCUCUGAAUUGGGAAGUGAUGGAAUCCUGUGUUGUACACUUUGGCACAUGUGUGGAGCCCUGAGACUACAGUUUGCAUUUUCAUGCUGUUUUAAGGACUCCGGGAACUUUUAAAAUCAACGAACAGUGUUGGGGACUCUGAAAUCCCUGAUCUUGUGCUGCAUUGACUCUCUCAUCGCUUCGCACUCAAACCUGAGUUGGACAUGGAAAAGACCUCCACUUCAGCAUUGUCUCUCCAGACCCUCAUUCUCCCCUCACUCUGCUUUCCCAAGUUUUGAAAGGGCUGCUGAUAGGAAUUUGGGGUGGAAGGGAGGGCUGUGGUGAGACCUGGUAUAAGUGCACCUAGAGUGGUGAUAGUCAGGGGGGUGUGUGGGAGCAGGAGAAUGUAAAGUCAGCUCUAAUAUAUAAUAUAGCUCCUCAAGUCAGACUGUUUAAUCCUGAUACUGAAUAAAUACUUUGAUUUUGUGUAAUAGAUAUAUAAUUCCUCCAGGAUAGACCAAUGUAUGCUGAUUCACUUCAGACCCUGUGUAAAAUAAUCCUGCAGAAAGCAGAGUUGCUCCUGGCACCUAGCUCUCUCUCCAUUGGGGGCUCCCUUGCCAGUAAUUAUGGAGUUCACUUGGGACAGUGUAGAGGAUGGAUGGAUUCUUACCCUCAGUUGAGGGUGCACUGUUGGAUCUGGUCUGUUCUGAUGCAGCCAAUAGUGACCUCUGGCAGCUCUCAAUCCCUGACCCUUUGUGCAGCCAGAGAGAGAAGUUGGUGCAUUUGAUUAGCAACUGACAUCCAUUUACUUGAGUGGAUAUUGAUCCUGCAGUUGUGCUGCUUUUGUCUCAAUGUUUAAAUAUUGAGAAAGGCUGUAAAUCUGCUUUGACUGGUGAUCUUUCUCAUGCCCCCAUUUUCUUAGCUUGGUUUAUUUUAAGAUUAACAUUCCUUUUUAAAUCUUUCCAAAGCCACUUUGUUUGUGCCCUGUAAGUAUUUUCACAAAUAAUCUGGACUUGGUUUCACUUGUGUUGAGUCCCUUGGCCCUACUUGAGAUUGAGGCCUGUUCCAGACACAGGUGUUGGCCAUUCAAACUUUCUCCUGUGGCUGGCUGUGGUGUUACUGAAGGGUUAAAGGGGGUGGGGGAGGGGAAGUUUAUGGAAGAGACAGAAGGAGUCAUAGUCCCUUACAGAAGGUGCUGGCCAGCAUGUCCACUGGAUUCAGUUGUGCACUGUGCAAUUGUAUUUAUCCUGUAUAUAUUAACUUGGCUGUCAAAUCUCAUGUUUACUGGCAAGGCAGUCCCUUCUCAGCUCCGGAAGAUUUUAUUUAAAUGAGGAACUAUCAGCAACUUUGUUUUAAACUCAACUCUGUUCCUGCUGAUUGAUAAUGUGCAGGUCAGGGGGUGGUGGGGAGGGAGAGAAUUCAGUGGUGAAAUGUUUAGUCUAGUGCACAGGAAGUUUUGUGAAUGUUUUUGAUUAUUUUAAAGCACAGAUUCCACAGCAGUGGCCCUGAUUUGGUUUUUAUUUACCCUGCUUCCCAUUGCUUUCCCCGAAGUUUACAUGUCUUAAGUGAAGGUUGCAUUAAUACCAUACCGGGUGCUCAGCACUGUGGAGCCACUUAGUCAGUAGCCACUGCCAGUUAAUGGAAUUCACUCAAGUUGGAAAAUGGCAGCUUUAUAAUAAAUUAAAGUAUUUUUGAAAGAAAA